UUAUUCUCUUGUAAGUUCUAUAAUAUCUUUGGUUUAAAAACUUUCAAUAUUUUCAGGCGUUACUCUCAUUAUGUUUACACUGGCCGUCAUAACGUGGAUGCCGAGGUGGUCUAAGCUGAACAAUUGGCUUGACAGAAACGUUCAGCUAAGCGGAAUUCUUAACAACCUAGAUGUAGUUCUAAACAACCAAAAUGAUAUUAUGAAACGACUUAGUGUUAAUCGUAACAAUGAAGAAAUACAUAACCCAACGGGAGAAAAUAAUGGACAGAAUCGAAACAAGCAUGUCUCGAAAAUUGACAAUGAGCAUGCGCAUGCAAACUUGGUUGACACCGUUAACUCCGUAGUAAAAAUCGAUACAACAUUCCAAUGCCAAAAUGUCAGCUUAAAUACUUUUUUCAAAAGACCCUUUCCUAUAUGUACAUAUAGAAACAAAGAGGACCGUGUGGUAUCUGGCUACUUUUCUGGAAAGCACGGUCCUGCCGCCUAUUGGGAAAAGAGGAUAGUAACUCGAGUUAUGAGUGAGCUGAAGAAACAUCCCACAUGGGGAUUUUUUGAUGUCGGUGCGCAUAUUGGUGUAUACACUAUCCCUGCUCUAAAACUUGGAACACAGGUCGUGGCUAUAGAGGCUUUGACACGAAAUAUUGAUAGAUUAACUCGGUCUGUUCAACUCAAUAAUAUUCACGAAAACCUAACAUUAUUACACAACGCGGUCUAUGAUGUCCAUACACAAUUCACUUUCAAACCGGAAAGUCGAAACGUUGCAGGCACGUCAGUAGUGAAGUUAAACACACCAGAUGGGGCUCAUCAGCUUAAGCUUGUUAACGAGAAAGUGACGUCUAUAACUUUUGACGACACCCUCCAGUUUGUGAAUUUCAAAGAAGCCAUAAUGAAAAUUGAUAUUGAAGGAUCUGAGGCCUUUGCAUUUAAAAAAGCGGACAAACUCUUGAAUACAAUAACCUUUAAAGAAAUUUAUAUGGAGUGGGGGCAUACCGUCAAGGUCGAUGAGGAAGCUGGACAGCUCGUGCAACGCAAGUUCAAAAGAGGUUACAGUGUAUAUGAACCACGUAAGCCCACGAGGAACAUUUCAUCAGUACAUUAUAAAAAAUGGCCCUGGGACAUCAUAUGGAGGUUACACUAGAUACUUUUCCUAUACGAAACCACUCGAUCAAAAGCUGUGAACUAGAUGAGUGGAAACUUUGCAAAAAUGAACGAUACUAGGCCUAUGUGGAUGCUAUCUUAUUUUGAAUACACGUUUAAGAAGUACUAGAUGUAUAGCAUUUGUAUGAUAAAAAGGAUUGAAUCUUUUUAGAAGAGAAUCGCCAAACUUUGCAAAAAUGAAUCUUAUUUUGAAUACAAAAAGGUACUAGAUGAAUAGCAUUUGUAUGAUAAAAAGGAUUGAAUCUUUUUAGAAGAGAAUCGCCAAACUUUGCAAAAAUGAACGAUACUAAAGUAUGCUAUCUUAUUUUGAAUACAAAAAGGUACUAGAUGAAUAGCAUUUGUAUGAUAAAAAGGAUUGAAUCUAAGAAAAUCGCCAAAUAUUCGUGAAAUCAUACUUCACAUAUCAUCUCAAUGUCUCCCAUUUUAUAACUAACAUUUUCUCGUCAAAACUAAAUCCUGCAAAAUCCUAAAAAGGGAUUAAAAUAAAUAUAGAAUUUUAUGAUAUAGAACUAUCAUGCUUCAUAAACCAUGGACUUCAUAGGCCCUAUGAAUUAAACAUUAUUGAUGGUAUUAGUGAAUUUCAUUUUGAAAAUGUUGAUUAACAUAUUUUCUAAAAAAUAUCAGCUAUUUUUGUUACAGUAUAUUUCAUAUAAUCUUAUAUGAUAUUAUAUCAUUUGAUAUUAUAUUAUAAUAAAAAUGAGACUGCAAGUUUUCAAGUUCAACAAGUGCAUGAUAGAGGGGUAACAAUUUAAGCA